AGUGAGUUUAAUUUAUAAACUUCAAUAAAAAGUGGAAAGAUUUUUGCAUUUGCUUUGCUUUUCAUUGAUUUUUCGGGGGGAAAAAUGGAAAAUCUGGGGUCAGAAAUUGGUCAGAAGAUGAGGCAUGCCGUAAAGGCGAAGCUUCUGGAACUUGGUACAGGUAGUUCUUCUGGCUAUGUUGAUGACGAACUUCCGGAUUAUGUGAUGAUUAUGGUGGCAAAUAAGCGUUCAAAGCAGCAAAUGAUUGAUGACUUAACACUGUUCCUGGGUUCCAACACCGGGGAAUUUGUCAAUUGGCUCCAUCAAGUACUGCAGAAACUCCAGGAAGUGUCCCUGCCAGCCACUGCUGUGGCCCCAAAGUCGUCAAAGAGAAAGACUUCAGAUAGUUCUGACACACCCCACAAGAAGGAGAAGCGAAAAGAGAAGAAAACGAAGAAACCUGGCAAGAGUCAACCUUCUAAUAGUUCAUCAAAACCUUCGACUGAAAAAUCUACAAAAGCUCCAACUGCGGCAGCCCCAUCAAUCACAGAUGUCUUUGCCAAUCAAUUGAUCCAGAAAGCCAAGAAGACACUGCAAUCUGAGGCAUCAGUGAAUGUGAAGAAGCGCGAGCAGACACCAGAGGAUGGAAGGAGUGGAGAGGGGACGCCAGAAAAUGACUUUGAUAUCCCGACAAUCACACAAAUAUCCGAGAAUACUGUCGAACAGACUCGCCGGAAAGAAUUGCUGGAGCUUGAAGAGAUUCAAAAGAAGAUCUAUCAGGCAAAGCGACAACUGCACAAUCUCACGUCCGAUGAGUCUGAGGAUGAAGAUUUUAUCAAUUUGAGGGCAGAUGGGGAAGAUUUCGAUGAGUUGCCGGAUGCCAGACAGCCAGAAGAAAGUGUGAUGGACUCUAGUCGGAAUCAGGCUUCCUAUCGCAAUCCCAGUCCCAUUGUCUUUGAUUUGCCCACAAGAAGACGAUCCAGUAGCAGUGAGGAGUCUGUGGAGAAGGAAUUGACACCAAAGAGGAGUUCAGUGAAGGAGCGUUUGGGAUCAAAGUCCACGGCUGAAACAGCUCCUCCUGGAAAGAAUGUCAUAAGCUUAUCGGCGAAUCGGAGGAUUGAGAAAGAAAUCUACAUCCCGGUUUUUCGACGUCGUGAAAUGGAGAAAGCCAAGGAAGCAAUUCCCACCAAGGAAGCUCCCAAAAUCAGACGUACCCAGGAUGUAACCGUGGAAAAGGUCAAGAGGGACAAGCGUGAAGUGAAGGAGCGAAAAGUCAGUCCCGUGAAAGAGGUAAAGUCUGUGAGGCAGCGCAUUGGAUCCCGGGUUAUUGUAGCCCCUCCAAAGCCAGUAUUCGACGAGGAUUCCGUGGAUGUGUCCGUGAGCAGUGUAGUGAAGAUCAAACCGCGUCCUGUGGUGCCUAAAGGCAAACAAGCCAACAAGAAUCUCCUCCUGAGAGCCAUGGCUGAGGCACAAAAGUCCACAGCGAGUGCAAUGAGGAAGGAUCUGGAGAAGAAGGAGAGAGUCACAAGAAGUGGAAAGCUCACUGCCAAGACGAAUAUUCUCAUUGAAGUGCCCCGUGGCAACAAUGUCGAUUCAUCCCGGGAGGAUGAAUAUGUUCCCACGCCUGUAGUGAAUCGUCGGGAGCCGGAUUCCGGAGUUGUGUACAUCCCUCAAGUGUCCUGUGAGGAAAUUGAGGAUUCUCCGUCAGAAGCCAAUGUCAGUGAUGAUGAAGAUCCAAAGAGACCACAAUUUGUUGUGACUCUCGAUGGGAUUUUCAAGGGAAUCAAUGCUGAAAAUGCCCUAAAAAAGAAAACUAUAAAUAAAAAUCUGAAGGAACGUGUGACAGAAAAGAAAAUUGUGUCUGUUGAACCGAGGAGUCGAGAUAUCAAAAAAAUCUCUCCAGUGAGAAAGAGGGAUUCCCAGGAACGAUCUAGGAAGGCUGAUGCACCACCUUCGGCAAAGAGAUCAGUGGAGAAAGAACAGAAAGAAGAAGCCACUGAAUCUGAACCACCGCGAAAAAGAAGAAGCCGUUGCUCACCAAUUCGCUUUGAUUUGAAUGAGAAGGCAGAGAAGGCCAAGAAAUCCAUGUCUCCUGUGACUCCUCCAAAGAAAUCCAACAAGACGCCAGAAAAGGACCUGGACAGGAACUCAAAGUCCGACAGUGAUGGCCAUACAGUCACAAUUAGGCGAAUUGAAACGAAGAAAUAUGAAAAUCUACCGUCACUGUUGAGUUCAGUCACGGUGCCUCAGGCAACGGGAAAGCCAAAAGAGCGAUGCAAGUACUUUCCCAAUUGCACCAAAGGCGAUACAUGUGAAUUCAUUCAUCCCUCGACUCCCUGCAAGUCGUUUCCCAAUUGCAAAUUUGGCGACAUGUGCCUGUACUUGCAUCCCAAGUGUAAGUUUGAUCUCACUUGUUCACGUUUGGAUUGCAAUUUCUCUCAUACACCGGUUAUCUCAGCGGCUCCGCCUCUAGCUUCCCAUGUAGUUCCUGUGCACAACUACAAGAUGAUCACGCAGAAUUUAUUGCCGCCACUUUGCAAAUUCUAUCCAAAAUGCAGCAAUACUCUGUGCACGUUCUAUCAUCCGAAAUUGUGUCGAUUUGGGAAGGCGUGUAUGAAUAAGGUGGAGUGUAAUUUCUACCAUCAUGACAUCCCGGCAGUGGAUAAAUUCAAGUGGGUCUCGACGGCUUCAGGAACCGGAUCUGGACAUACAACAUCGACAUAUGUGUAGAAAAGAAUAAUUGUAUUGCAAGAAAAAAAAUAAUAAUUCGUCACUAACUCAAUAGUAAAUGCAUAAGAGGUCUGUCAGAGCCACAUUUACAUGAAUUAUUUAUAUUAAUACGAAGUAGGAAUUCUAUUUAAUUAUUAUAAAUAAAAUAAUAAAUAGCCAGGAAAUAAUCGUGAACUCAAGAAAUCACAUCCGGAUGUGCUUUUUAGUGCGUUUAGGAAAUGGCAUAAGGAAAAUUGAUGAGAUAUUUACAUAAUGUAUGGGAGGAGAGCUAAUGGAAUAUGUAAAAGUUUCAAGAAUUGCAACAAUGGCAACAAUAGAUCGAUAGAUCAAUUAACAA